GUAGCUUUAAGACUUGUUGAUGUUGUGAAAAAGCUGGGAACAUUGCCAUUGGCAGCGUGAAAAAAUGGCUUUAAGAUUUUACCUUCGGGUUUUGGAAAAAUUUCCAAUGGCAACUAUGUCAGUAACAACAGGUACGCUGAUGGCUGCUGGCGAUAGCAUUGCGCAAAUAGCUGUGGAGAAAAAACAAGAGCCGUACGACUUCCUAAGAACAGGGCGCUUCCUUGGAUUUGGUCUUUUUAUAGGAGGCCCAAUGUUCAGAAUGUGGUAUCUGGGACUGGACAAAGCCUUUAAGGGUACAAAGUUAGGACCUCUUAAGAUGUUGGCUUGUGAUCAGCUUUUGUGGGCACCUUCAUUUUUAUCAUUUUUUCUCGGAACAAUGGGAGCUUUGCGAGGAGACUCCGCUCAGCAAAUCAAAGAGAAGAUUUCAAAUGAUAUAUGGCCAGUUCUAGUAACUAACUGGAAGAUAUGGCCAGCUGUACAACUAGUGAAUUUUUACCUUGUGCCUCUACAACACAGAGUGUUGGUGGUGAACUUUGUUGCUCUUGGAUGGAAUACGUAUAUGGCUUGGGUUUCUGAAGCAGAAAACCAGGAAAAAACUGAUUAACAAAGAAAAUAUGUUAGAGCAUAAAAGUUUCUUGCCAGAAUGAUGAACAGUAGCAGUACAUCUAGAGGAAGCCAAUCAAAUUAGUAAAGACAUCUCAUAAUUCUACCCCUUCAAGAUUUGCAUUGAUGAAAUUCUGAGGAAUGAAGACCCCCAAGAAUUUAAAACAAUAUUGUAUACUGGAAGAAAACAGCUUCAUAUCAGUAUCUAUUUUAAAACAAAAGUGACACAUUUCAUAUCCACCACUGUAAGACAUGAUGUUUAUUGUUAGGUUUGAUUUUUAUAGCUUUACAAAAUAAAUUGUUUCAUGUACAUUCAAUUUUGAAGAUAACUAUUGCCAAAUAAAGGCACUUAUGUUUAACAGAUUGUUAAUAUAUGAAUUUGUUGAUUUAGAGUGUUUUUUGGGGAUUUCAUUUUUCAGUUUUACAAACAAUUAAUUUCAUGAACAUUUUAUUUCGAAGAUAAACAUUGUCAAAUAAAGAUUGUAUUUAACAGAUUGCUGAUAUAUCAAUUUUUUAAUUCUGAGUACCCUUGAAAUCAUCAGAUAUAAAUCCUCCACAAAAAUUGAUGACAUCACAGUAAUAUAAAUCAUUGUCCUGAAUGGAAUUGCAUGGGACUGUUUUGUAUAUCAACAACUUGUCUAUGAGCUGCAAUGUAAGAUAAGUCAGUGGUACAAAUAAUCUUACAGCUAUUUCCUACCAAUCGUAAGACAUGGGUUUAAAUAAAUCACUUCAAUUUCCUGAAUAUUCUUAUUUGUAAACUUACCUCUUCAGACAUGUUCGAGAAUUCAUGAUUUCACAAACUAUGGUCUAGAAAUAACUUGAUAUGUGCAAAUGAUGGGCAUUUGGAUAUAUGGACUCUGAUAUGGGUAAGCAAAGCAGCAUGAAUGUCAUACUGAAUUUUUUCUGUACAACGAAUUGCAAGGGGCUUGAAUUCACAAUUGACUCUCAUGGUAUAUUAAUGCGUAGAUAAUCCCAGGCAAGAUAUAAGUUAUUUACAGUAAAUAAGACUCGUCUUGAUUACAUCACAUGAUUGUCUCAAAAGUGAAAAUGUACAGAGAAAAUCAAGUGAGAGUUUUCCUUUAUAUUUAGCUCACCGUCAUCAGAUGGUGGGCUAUUAAAAAACACCCUUUGUCCAUGGUCCAUCUGUCUGUCGUCUGUCUGUUAACAAUUUUUGUUUUGGCUAUUUCUUGAGAAGUACUGGAUGGAUUUUUUUCGAAUUUCUGACGUACAUUCCCAUUGGUUCUAAGUUGUGCCUGUGUGAUUUUGGGAAUGCCAUGUUAGAUUUUUUCUAUGAUGUUUGUUAUCGGUAUUUCUUUAGAAUCUCUCAAAUUUCAUAUUAAUGUACCCUUUGGUGCCUAGUUGUGCUCAUAAUAUUAUGAUCAGAAAAACAAAAUGGCCAACAAUAGGCCAUCUUGAUUUUGACUUUGAAAGUUUGUUAUCUUUCUUUUUUCAGUCAAACUGUGUAAAUCUUUCUUUACUUUCAUGUGUAGGUUCCUCUUGGUCCCUAGUUCUGCCUGUUUGAUUUUGGGACUGAUCAGAGAAAUAAAUUGGCUUCCAGGAAGUCAUCUCUGAUUUGGUAGACAGAGAUUAUUAUUGCUAUUUCUGCAAAGGAAUAUUCAAAAUUCUUAUCAUUUAGAACAAAAAUAGAGAAGAGAGAAAAAUGGAAAAGAUCCAACUUUCAAAGAGCAAAUAAACCAAUGUUGGCACCAAAAUCCCUCUGGGAUCUCUUGUUUCAGAAAUAUAGUUUAUUUGAUAAAUAGAAUAUUCAAUUUUGCAUUUAUUAAAUGUAUUAAAAAAUUAAUAUGCCACAAGCCAUUAUUUAAAAUAAUUGAACUUGUUAAAUAGAUUUCAUAUUACAUUGACACUCAUGUAAGAUCCUCUGUAAUGUUUACAGACACCACGUUAGAUGUGAAUUAUAUACAAGCCAAACUUUCAUUAGAUGUUGAUAAAUCAUGCUGUACCUAAGGGGGAGGUAACUGUUGAUACUGAUGCUGAAUUUAUCAAUCUAUCUACAGAAUUCAUAGGCUUUCCACAAUGUACUCUUAUUUUUAGUUCUGUUUUUAA